CUGGAAGCAAAGCACAAACAGUUCCAUCGCCUUGUUAAAUGGGAGUCUACGGUGAGGAUGAUGAGGGGAGAUUCUGUGUGUGGGCAAUACUAGUUCAUUAUCGGGAGCGUGGUGGAGAGAAAGACAUCCACAUGACGGUGUGAGGAUCCUCUUGGAAAAGCAGAAAGGCACGUUCAGACAGAACGAUCUGUCAACUCAUGACAGUGGGACAUAACUGAAGACCAAAACAGGUUUCCCACGAGACCUGCCUCCUCGACCAAGUGCUGGAGCUUAUUAUGAACGAGAAGCCACCCAACAGUGCAAGUCUUUUCCUAAACGAGGACGUAGACAAACCCCCCCUGCCAAACAGAGGAGACCUUAGGAGACGCUUACGUAGGGCCAUGGAGAGGAGAGCCAGCAGCAUGAAGGAGAGGAUGAGCUCCAUCAGCAAGGAGAACCUCAAGGGUUUCCUCAAGAGAAAUCUGUUUGUGUUGUUCACCAUCGCUGCUGUUGCACUGGGUGUAAUCCUGGGCUUUUCUUUACGUCCACACAACUUUUCCCUGAGAGAUAUCAAGUACUUUGCCUUUCCUGGGGAGCUCUUGAUGAGAAUGCUGCAGAUGCUGGUGCUGCCUCUCAUUGUCUCCAGUCUGGUCACAGGUAUUUCUUCUUUGGACAGCAAAGCAUCAGGUAAGAUGGGUAUACGGGCAGUGGUCUACUACAUGGUCACCACCUUAGUUGCGGUGUUUAUCGGCAUUGUGAUCGUCAUGAUUAUCCGUCCGGGACAAGGCAGCAGGGACAGUCCUGUGGCCAAAAAUGGAAAUAUUGAACCAGUUCAGGCUGCUGAUGCUUUUCUGGAUCUCAUUAGGAACAUGUUUCCUCCCAAUCUUGUAGAGGCAUGCUUCAAGCAGUAUAAAACCGUGUAUAAGAAGAUUAUUCACACAAGGAAUGUGACGGUGACUCUAAACCUGACAGACUCUCUCAACAUGACAGAGACUAACUUGAACAUGAACCUCAGCAGGGUGCUACAUACCAUACAGGAGACAGUUGAGGAGACUGUUCCUGUGACCGGCUCUUCUGGUGGAGUGAAUGCUCUGGGUCUGGUGGUCUUCUCCCUCUGCUUCGGUCUGGUCAUUGGCAACAUGAAGCAGCAGGGUCAGGCUCUUAGAGACUUCUUUGACUGCUUGAAUGAAGCCAUCAUGAGGCUCGUGGCCAUCAUCAUAUGGUAUGCCCCAGUGGGCAUCCUGUUUCUGAUUGCAGGAAAAAUAGUGGAGAUGAAGGAUUUGGCAGAAGUCGGUGGUCAGCUUGGGAUGUACACUGUGUCUGUCAUUGUGGGCCUCCUCAUCCAUGGACUCUUUGUUCUGCCACUGCUCUACUUCCUGGUCACCAGAAAGAACCCAUACAGCUUCAUUGGUGGCCUGCUGCAGGCACUCAUCACUGCUCUAGGAACGUCCUCCAGCUCUGCUACCCUGCCCAUUACUUUCCGUUGUCUUGAAGAAAACAACCAUGUGGAUAAACGAGUGACCCGUUUUGUCCUUCCUGUUGGCGCCACCAUAAACAUGGAUGGCACUGCACUCUAUGAGGCUGUGGCAGCCAUCUUUAUUGCUCAAGUCAAUGACAUGGACCUAAACUUUGGGCAGAUUCUCACCAUCAGUAUCACAGCAACUGCUGCCAGCAUUGGAGCAGCAGGCAUCCCUCAGGCUGGCCUGGUUACCAUGGUGAUAGUAUUGACAUCGGUGGGACUGCCUACAGAGGACAUAACACUGAUCAUCGCUGUGGAUUGGUUCUUGGACCGUUUGCGCACCACUACCAAUGUUCUGGGUGAUUCGCUCGGGGCUGGCAUUGUGGAGCAUCUUUCCCGUGGAGAGCUGCAGAAUCAAGAGGCUGAGGGGCACAACUCUGUAAUCGAGGAAAACGAGAAGCCCUACCAGCUUAUCUGCCAGGAGAAUGACUCACUGAACCACCUAAAUAAUGAGACCACAAUGUGAAACAAUAUCUCACCUGAAAGAACUUCACACACCAAAAGCAUUUUAGCCGGAGGGUUGGCACUACGAGGGGGUGGCCCUUGAGAGCAUAGUAGUGUGUGGUGAACUGAGCCAGUGCUUUAUUCUUUCCACACAUCUUUUCCUGUAAAUACAGAGGGCUGUCUGGAAAACCAUACAACACCUUUUCUGAGAUAUCUGAUGACACAAAAAAUUGGCCCAAAACCCUAAUUAUUCAUUUAACACCAAAUACUGUUCAGACUGAAGUCAAAUUUUUCAGGUUUGUCAAAACAUUAUAAAACUUAUUAGCAGUGGUGCUAGAUAACAGUAUUAUUCCAAGACUGUGCCAACAUUUACACAGAAAAUGUAAACCAGCUUAGUUUUUAAUCCUUUGUUGGAAAAUGUGCACAUUAGGCUCAUUCUUUUUCUGGAACUCCAUUUACUAUGAACAUUAUUUCCAUUUUAUUAUUCUCAUCCUGACUACCUCUAACAGGGCUUACUUACAGUUUCCACACUGCAAAACAACAACACACCAGCACAGUAGGAUGUAAAUAAAUAAUUUUCAGUAUUCUAUUAUCCUGUUUUAACUCUGUGUUGUUUAAGCUUUUUAACUCAAUUUAAUUCUAAGACUUUAAAUGUUUUUGACUGUUAAACACUUGGAAAUGGUAACAAGAAAAACUAUGAAACUGAUAUCAUUUUGGUGACUUGGUAGAAUGUUUUUCACUCAGUGCUUUAUUAUAAAUAUUUGUGAUUUCUUGUAUUUAUUUGGUGCUAUUGCAUUUAAACUGGGCACAGAACUGUAUGCUAAAGAGUCAUUUCUCAUUAGGCUGCAAUACAAUUGAUAUUGUUCAUUUUUUCCUUCCAUUUAACUACUUUUGUAUGCAUUUACCCUUAAUUCUUUUUAUCCCAGUUGAGAUUUUUAUUUAUAAGUUUAACAUUUUGCUCUAUACUUAAAUGACUGAUCCACAGAGUCACAGCUCUAAUACUUUGAUGACUUUCAGAAAACGUUUUGUCAUUUGCAACAGCAGUGUGGUUUGAUUUAAGAAAGCCAUUCCACCCACCAGGCUGUACGUUUUCCUUAUUAUAUCUUAUUAUCCACUAAAGAUGUAACUUUAGUUACUUUCUUAAGGAAAAUAUUACAUAAAAGCAACUUAUUAUUUUUAUGGUUUGUUGAAAAGUACUGUGAAGAAAGUUUGUGAAUGCAUUAAAAGUUUUAAUAUACUUUUGUUUUAUUAAGUGCUGUGCAUAAUACUGAAAGUAUAAAUAUAUUUCCCUUUUAAUUUAGAGCUUAUUGGACUUUGUGCAACUUUUAACUUAGUUUUCAAGUUUGAUGUUAUUUAAAUGGAAAUGUUAUUUUGUGGCAGAGCAGCUGAACAUUUUGGAUGGACAGCUAAUAAAAAUGUGGCAAAUAAAUGUCUCAGGAACUGAAGUGUGAUUCUCAUUGUUGUGAUUGGGGGUUACCCCAUAGUGGAGGAUAUUCUAUCCAGAAGCUGUUGGUCCUCUCCUAGAGGAAAACAUGGAUCAAAAGUCAUAUAGUUAGAGAGAACAGUUUGAUAGUAGUAGAUUACUGUGAAGGCAAUACUUUACUAUUGUGUGCAACCUUUUGAAUUUCAUAAUAAUGUUGUGAUUGU